CUCAGAAGCAUUAGCCCUGGUCCAAGUGGGGCUUACUGAUCUUCAGGAGCCUGCUCAAGCUCAAACUGUAGGCAUUCCCCGUGCCAUGCCCUACCUAGGUCCCAAGGGAACUUUGGGUCCUGGGCUGAUCUUCCUGAAACAGCCCCUACAUUUUCAACCCUUGGUGCUUCCUAUCUGUCUAGAGGAGAACCUGGAGCAAGAGAAAAAUAUACAGCUGUAUGACUGCUGGCUACCCAGUGGGUCCCUCAUGAGAGGAAGUCCUGGAAUUCUGCAGAAAAGGCAUCUAAAAAUACUGCAAGUCAGCACAUGUGCCCAGUUUUGGCCCAAGCUGAAUGAGUUCACUUUCUGUGUGGAAGCCAAGCAAGCUCUUGGCGAGACUGGCUGUAAGGGUGACUUAGGGGCACCUCUGGUAUGCCAUCUACAACAAAAGAACACAUGGGUGCAGGUGGGAAUUUUGAGUCACUUCGAUGAACAUUGCACAAAGCCCUACGUCUUCAGCCAAGGGAGACCUUUCCUUUUUUGGCUUCAGGGAGUCACACGGCCCAGCCAUGCACCAGGGUCCCAGCAAGGGGCCAUGACUACCUCUGCUUCCAUCUCCCUUUCAGUCUCUACCUUUACAAACAACUCAGCUUUUACUGCCACUCCUGCUUCUGUUCCGCCAGAGUUCAUCUCUCUGCCACAGCCUCAGUGUAAGGCCCAGGAAAAUGGUAGUCAGGGAGCUUUAGCAGAUCGAAUUUCUCUACGAUAUGCCAUGCCUUGGCAAGCCAUGAUCAUCAGCUGUGGCAGUCAAAUUUGCAGUGGUUCCCUUGUUAGCAGCUCUUGGGUUCUCACUGCUGCCCACUGUGUCAGGAACAUGAAUCCUGAAGACACUGCUGUAAUACUAGGCCUGAAGCACCCUGGAGCACCUCUGAGAGUUAUUAAGGUGUCUAACAUUCUACUGCAUGAGAGAUUUCGGUUGGUGAGUGGGGCAGCAAGAAAUGAUCUAGCACUGCUGCUCCUUCAAGAGGUCCAGACUCCCAUUCAGCUCUUAGCACCAUUGGGACAUCUGAAGAACCUCAGUAGCUCAGAAUGCUGGCUUUCUGGGCCAAGAGUUCUCAAACCAGGAGAAACAGAUGAGAAUCCAGAAAUGUUACAGAUGCAGGUGAUGGGAGCUUCAGGCUGUGCCCACCUCCACCCUGACAUUGGCAGUUCUAUUAUCUGCUUCAUUACUCAGGAGAAAGGCUCUGAUACGAAUGUGGAACCUGUGACUCCUGGCAGUGCUGUUAUGUGCAGACCAGUGUCUGGAAAUGGCAGCUGGAGACAGAUAGGCUUUACCAGUCUAAAGGCACUUGCUACCAUUGUCAGCCCACACUAUUCCUGGAUAUUUUCCACAUCAGCCAAAACAGGUCAUCCCCUAAACCAGGCACUCAUGCCUUGGGUGGAAAAGCCAAAGUCAUCUAGUCUUCAUAAACAGGCAACACUACCACUUUCAUCAUUAAUGAUUCUUGUAAUGCAGAGUCUAUUGUAAACCAGUGGUUAUAAUGACCAGUACCAAUCUGGUCACACUGUGAUAAAAAAAAAAAA